ACCCGGGCCACUGCAGCCGCGCCGUCGCCGUGCGGAGGGCAGCCGCGGUCGCCCCGCGCUGCCGGCCAGACGCCAGGCUGCGGCGCGAGGGCUGCGCGCCUGCUGAGGAGUUAAGGCAGCGCUUCCCGCCCGCCCCACAUGGCUUGUUACCUGGUCAUCAGCUCGAGACACCUCAGCAAUGGGCACUACCGGGGCAUUAAAGGAGUCUUCCGAGGGCCUCUCUGCAAGAACGGAUCUCCCUCUCCGGACUUUGCAGAAAAGGAGAAGUCCACAGCAAAGGCCCUGGAAGAUGUAAAGGCAAACUUUUACUGUGAAUUAUGUGACAAGCAGUAUCACAAACACCAGGAGUUUGACAAUCAUAUUAAUUCUUAUGAUCAUGCUCAUAAGCAGAGACUGAAGGAAUUGAAGCAGCGAGAGUUUGCUCGAAAUGUAGCUUCCAAGUCAUGGAAAGAUGAGAAGAAACAAGAAAAAGCGCUUAAGCGACUCCAUCAGCUGGCUGAGUUAAGACAGCAAUCUGAGUGUGUUUCUGGGAAUGGACCAGCAUUCAAAGCCCCCAGGAUAGCCAUAGAAAAGCAAGUCCAGCAGGGAAUUUUCCCAGUUAAGAGCGGCAGAAAGGUAUCCUGCAUGAAGAGUGCUCUUCUCCUCAAGGGGAAGAAUAUCUCCAGAAGCUCCUCUGAUAAACCGCGUUUUACCAUGACCAACCGACACCUGUUACCAUCAGACAGACGUUGCUUGUUUGGCAAUCGGAUACCACAUGCACCUUCAAAUCUCAGCAAUGCAAAUCACAGGACUAGCAUAUCAUUUUCAUUUUCCAAAAAAAUGCAUCUAAAGCUAGAAUCUUCAGCCCCUGUUUUCAGGGAGAACACAGAAGAAACCCAUGAUUGUAACAUAUCACCCACUUAUAAAACAAAACAAACCAUGGAGAAAUGUGAGUAUUGCAGGUAUGCAAAGGAGGAUAUGCACCUCACCAAGGAAGAAGACAGAAGCAUCUCACCAAGCUCUCUGGAGAGUGUUUUACACAAGACUUUUGCCAGGAGUUCUAAGAUUUUAAAAGACAACAAUGACUCUAUUGAUGAGACACUAGCAGAUUCCAUUGGUAUUCAGGCUUCUUUCUCUAAAUCUAACAUUCAUCUCCCAGAUGAAGAUUUUAUUCCUUCCAACAGAGAGAAACAGACAUUGAAAAACACUUCAGAAAAUUGCAUCAAUCACCCUUGCCAAGAGAGUAUUUCUUUCAGCCCAGAAAACAUUUACAAGCACACUGAUGCCAGGAUAUUUGAAUGUCUGGAUGACUUUUUGUUACCAGAGCUGAGUAAACAAAAGAAUACAGUGCAUUUGAACGGCAAUUCCAGUGUGGAGAAUGGAAGAAAGUCUUUAAAUGAAAGUGAAAAAAUUAGCACAAAUAAUCAAAGAGUUCUAGAAGGGUGUUCCCACAACGUGACAGCCAAGCCAUUGUCUUUUCUCCAUGUACAAAGCAAGGAUGGCCACACUACUCUUCAGUGGCCUACUGAACUUUUGCUCUUCACAAAAACAGAGCCCUGUAUCUCUUAUGGGUGCAAUCCAUUGUACUUUGAUUUUAAGCUUUCUCGGCACACAAAGGAUCUCCAUAAUCUAGAUGAUUUAGAAACAGAUCUAGGCAAAGAAGCCUUGGAAAUGAAGACAAAAAUAGGCAGCCAAGUCUCAGGUUUAGUUAAAGACCAACAAAAAUUUAUCCAAGAAGAUAAAUUCCUGAAACCAAAGAUGAUCAUAGCUAACUCAGAUUGGGAAAAUUUCCAGAGAAAAUGUAAUUUGGGCUACAAUGAUUCAGAGCCCAAUAAGAAAGAACAAGAUUUUAGUGCAAGUAAUUUGGAACUGAAAAAUUCUGAAGUGCCUGCUUACCUUGAUAUGUCUCUAAAGGACUGUGUUGGAAAGAAUGAUACUGAUAAAGAAUUUAAGGAACCUUCAAGACCCCAUUGGCAAAGCUGUGGUGGAGUCCUUCUAAAUGAUGAAAAUGAAAGACUAUCCUUUUCUCCCCACAUCUCUAGGACUAAGAAGCAUAAGCUGAUUUCCUGUGACCCUCAUUCAAUGACUGAAGAGGAGAAACAGUUCACCUGGAAUUCUAGUCCUUAUGUAAUGGAGAGUCACAAUGACCAGGGGAAGAACGUCAGUGUAAUUUGGAAUAGCAACAACAUCAGCAUGGCUAGUAGUGUUUCUGGAUCUGGAGACAAAAGCUACAAGAGAUGUUCUCCCAAAUUGCCUCUGAGGGGGUAUUCUGGCACUUUGGAUAAAUCCUUGAGUGGCAUGUCCAGCCCAAGAAACACUUUUUCAAGUCAGAAGUCUAAUAGUAGCAGGAAUGGUGAUUUGCUCUAUUUUUGCAAAAGAGAAGAUGGCUCAGUGGAAAGUCACAAAUGGAAGCACGGGAAGCACACCUGUCUCUGUUUGUCCCAUGAGAUGACAAAGAGUGAUGCCCUGCAGUCUGAAAUGCAGAGUGACAGAAAUUGCAAACUAUGGGAAUCAUUGAAGAAUAAAAAAUACUUAAAACACAGAUACUGCCACUGCCAAGAACAACAUAAACUGGGAAAAAAUCAACCACUUUCAGGACUAAAAUCUAUGAGAAUUAUUCACCAUGAUUCCUGUUCACAAGCUUCCUGUGCUGGAAACAAUGAAAAAUCACCUGGUGUCCAGAGACCUAAGCACACCAGAUGGGGCUGUUAUUCAAGACAAAGGACUUGUUACUUGAUUAAAAGCAAGCAAAAUCAAGAAUCCUUGGGCAACUGCCAUGCUUGUCAGCAGAGAAAAUCUGCACACAGGCAAUGUGGCUCAGGGGCUGUGGACUGUCUUCUGAGGACCUCUUCCACAGAACUGCCCAGAGCCACAGAGCCCACAGUGUCAGGAGAGAGGAGCCCCUUGACAGCCAAAAUCGUUUUAGAAAGAGUGCAGGCAAAGAAGUGUCAGGAACAAUCAACAAACGUUGAAGUCUCUUCACCCAGUUGUAAAAGUGAUUCAGAGGCUCACAUGCAAAUCCAGUGUGUGAGUCAAGGUGUACCACAAAGGUGUAACAGAUCGAGGUUGCUGCUGUCCGAAAAAAAGCAACACACAAGUGAGAGAAGAAAUGAUAAAGGCCGUGCAGUUCAAAGGCCUGCUAAAAAAGACAGACUUGAGAGCUCAUGGACAAAUAAUUAUACUGUUUUAACAGACACCAAAUCUGAUAACUGUCUUUCAAAAGGCAUAAUUCAGGUAGCUGCAGAGUCUCAAUCUCCAAACAAAAAAAUGAACCCAAGAAAAAAAGAACAAUCAAAAUCUUUAAGUUGUGAAGUCCAGGCUUGUAUUGAAAGCCAUGACCCAGUACCAAAUGCUUUCUCGGGUGCUUUUCCAUCUAAUAGAUAUACUGGCAUAACUGAGUCAACAGAGACCAAAGAAGAUCAAAUAAAUCUAGAUGUACAGGAUGUAAGCAUGCAUAUGAAUCAUGCGGAGGGGAAUAUGAAUACUUACUGUGACAGAAAUGUGCAGAAGCAUGACAAAGUAGAAGAUGAAUUACAAGUGUGUCAUAAAUCUCUCUCGCCCCCUUUAAUUCAACAACCCAUAACAUUUUCUCCAGAUGAAAUAGAUAAAUAUAAGCUUCUGCAGCUCCAGGCCCAGCAACAUAUGCAGAAACAGCUCCUGUCAAAGCAUCUUCGGGUGUUGCCCACUACAGGGCCCACUGCCUUCUCUCCAGCCUCUGCCAUGCAGACGGUUCCGGUCCACCAGCACGCUUCCUUCACCGCCAUCCACCACACCCUCCUGCAGCACUUUGCUGUGUCUGCCACCAUCAGUUCCCACAGCAGUCACCUCCCCAUUGCUCAUCUCCAUCCCGUUUCAUUUUCAACUCUGACCCCAACCAUCAUCCCCCUAGCAGGCCAUCCCCUGCAUGUAGUCACCACGACCCCUUUCCCCCCAUCUCACAUAACACUUCAGCCCCUGCCCCCAGCAGCGUUUAUCCCCACACUGUUUGGCCCCCACAUAAAUCCAGCCACAACUUCUAUCAUUCACUUGAAUCCUUUAAUCCAGCCGGUGUUCCAAAGUCAAGAUCUUUUCCAUCAUUCUUACUCCAGCCAGAUGCAACAGUUCAGUGGAGUUAAAGAGGUCUUAAAUGCGUCAACCCACUUGAACUAAUAUGUGUUUAAAAUCCUCUUGUGGAUAAAUAAAUUGUUACUACCUAUGAAAUGCUAUAUUUAAAGUAUCUGAGUAUUAUAAGGUUUAAAAUAUUGGUUCCAAUUCAAACUGCUACCAAUAUAGAAGUAUGAGCUAAAUUACCAACAGUCAAACAGAAAUACUUUAUUUCAGCUGGUGAAAAUAAUCGGCAAACGUAAAAUAACUUCAUGGAGGAGUAAAGGGAAAAGCUUUAACGAAUUUUUUUUUGGAUGAUUUCUCACACUGUGUUAAAAAUGAUAAAAAAAAAUUCAGGCAGAUAAUCGACAUUACAAAGAAAAAUAGAAUAACCUAUGUUUUUGGUGUGGUGCUGGUGAAUGAAUGAAUUAAUGUGGAUUUGAUUUUAUUUGUCAGAUGUUAAUAAAUGGUUAAUGAAAUGAAUCCAUUAUUAAAGAUAAUUCCUAUGGUUGUUGGCUGAACUUUCAAUGCAGUAUAUCACUCUGUUUUCAUUGGAAACAAGAGAUAGCAAGAAAUGUACUUUUGGAUGAUAAUUUUUUAAUGAAAUACUGGUUAACUUCAUUCCAUAUAAAUCUAUGCAUUAUUAUCUUAUUGUAAAAAUAACAUCUAAAAUUAAGAAUGUAUAAAUUUGCAUAAUAAAAUAUGCAAGCUAUCGUAUUUGACAAUACAAAUAAAAGAAAAUAUACUCAGAAAAACAUCUUGAAUGCACUGAUUGAUCUUUCAAAUAUUCCAAUGAUCAAAGCAUUAAGUUUUCUUUAUUCUUCUACUCAGAGACCAUACUGUGUUCAGCCAACAUAUGCAUAAGGGUAGAGGCAAAAUGUUUAGAAAUAUCACUAUUUGUACAUGCUUAUUAAGAAAGUUUAUAAAGUAUCUGGCAUGUUUUAUUUAUUGUACCAGAUGUUCAUAAAGCACAACAAAUGACACUGAACCAGAUAACCAUUCAUGUCAUCUUGCACAUGAUUUUAAAUAUGUCUUCUGGCCCACAGAAGUUGAAUUUUUUACAGUUACAUUUGUGAAUGGCCAUUCACUUAUGCUUAUUAUUUUAUAACUUUAAAAUGGAAAGAAUUAACUCAUUUGAACAUUCCCCAUAAACAUGGGUUUCAAAGAAAAUUAGAUGACACAGAAAAGGAAAUGAUGAUGCUGCCUAUGUUUGCCUCUAGAAGACGAGAGGAACAUCUUGUCAGCCUUGGCUUCAGGAGAAGAUAGCUGUAUUUACAGAAGAUUGGUUGGAUUUUGUGUAGUCAGUCUAAGCCCAUGGAUCACAGUAUUCUGUUUAAUGUUCACAAAUGCACUUUGAGAUCAACAUUAUCUUUCCAUAUUACAAAGGAGGACAAUUAAAUUGAAAGAUAAAAUGCUUAUUUAAUAAAAAAGGUAUCUUUCAUGUAGGAGAUAUUUAUGAGAGAAAAAUGAAAAUGAAUUGCAAAUCUUAACAAAAAUAUAGUUUCCACAAUAAUCCCAGAAACAUAUAGAUUGAGAGUUUUGGCAGAGACAAAGUCUAGCUCACUUAAAUAGGAAAAUAAAUUAAAGUACAAGAAAUGCUAUGUGUGGAACUCCAUAAAAGUGACCAGACAAGCCAAAAUGGACAUUGGGCAGAUUCACCAGGAAGGAAAAUUAAGUUAGAUAUUUACUAUAAACAUACUUACAAAAUUGUCCAGCAGAUAAAAACAAUGUUGAACAACUAUUUACCAAAGGAAAUCAUUAAGCUGACCUAUAGUCAAAAUGGAGUAACCGGGAAUUCACUUGAAGUCUUAUUAUGGAAAAGAAAAUCUACCUGGUUAAUUUUCACAGUAGUCUAGGUGACCAUUUACUCUCUCAGAAAUUUAAAGUGAGACUUUCUCACCACUGUAUAUUUGUUUUUGACCAGCAAAUAUAUACUGAUAGAAAUUGAUGGCUUAAAGGAAUCCUCCAGCUUAUACUAACAUUGAUGAAAGCAUUCACUAGAGAUUCUGUCUUGCACUGAGGGAAAGCAGAUAUCAGAAUUUAAAUAAAACAUACUGUAUAAAUGAGAAGUGAUGAGUUGGGGCAUCAUAUGAGGAACAGUAUGAUUUUAAAAUGUAUUUAUACCAAAUCAGUCAUUGUAGGAAGGGCCAUGUACUGCAUUUUAUUUUCAAUUUGCAAGAAGAGAAAAAUACUCUUGAAAAACAUGAAACAAAGAAUUCUAAAUAUAUAUUGAAUUCCAAAAUAGAUUCAUUUAAAAAAUUCACUGCAACGGUUUAUAGUUUCAAUAUUAUUUCCUCCCAGUUAUUUGAUGGUUAAUUUGGGCCAUUAAAUUUCUUCCCUGUCUCUUUUGCCUGAUACCUAAAGGAAUAUUUGCUUUUUGAGAAUUCUCAUACUUAGUUCAUGGAAGUAAGUGUAGACUGUACCUGUUCAAUUAAAAAUACUUUAAUGAUGUCUGUACAAUAUGCACAUAUUUAAGCAGACACACACACACACACACACACACACACACACACACACAUACACUCACCUAAUGUUUUUCUUAGAGAUUAAAAACCAGUCCACAGCAGACAGUGUCCCUGGAUCUAGCAAUGUUUAAAUAACAUAAAUUCUUUGUAUGAAGGAAUGAAAAUUUAAGAAGGUUCAUGUCUUAUUCUAUGUCAAAAUCAGCAAUAAAAAUGUAACUGGGGUCAUAAAAAUUAUGCUCCAAAGUCCUCAGGUUCAUAUUAUAAAAUGUUAUAAAUAUAGUAAAAUACAGGACAUGGUUAGAAUAAAAAGAAUGAUUUAGAAAGUUCCUAAUCCCCAAGGCAUUUUUCUUACAUAGUACACUUUGUACAAUUACCCUGAAUUUCUAUUUCACUUCCAAAUAAUGAAUUUGACAUUGAUUCUUUUUCUUUAGUUUCCAUUUGUACUUAAUGAAAUCUCUCUGAUAUCACUGAAUAGAAAUAUAUUUAAAAAAACUAAUCCUGUAAAUCUUUCUCACUAAAUAGAAUAUUUAACUAGUCAAAUUACGUGGGAUCACGUUGCUGGAUCUACCACUUUGCUUUCUGUAUUCUCAUUUUUUUACACAGUUCUCAAUGAUGACAGCAACAGAGCUUGUGAAUUUUAUAAUCAUUGAGGCUGAUCCAAAAUCAUCAUGUAUUUUAAGCAUGUUAACGGUCAUUGGAGAUGUACAGGUGACUCUAUCAGGGGAAACAUCACUGAUGUUCCGGCAUUCUAGGUGUGUGUGUAAACAGGACAUUCAGACGUUUCUCCAGGAGGGGUGGAUAACUAAUUCCCUCAACAUUGGUGAAAUAGCAUUGCUCAUUAUUUCAUGAUGCAUUUCUCAAUAUUUCCUUAAAAAAAUCCUCACAAGUUUUCAGAAGGACUGCUAAACAUUCUAAAGAGAAAUGUGUGAAUAUCAGAUGGAGUUUUCUAAAAAACACAAUUGAAAGGAAUCAUAUACCAUACAUCACUGUAUGUAACUAAUAUACUUAGGGUCAAAAUUGACCUAGUUCUUGUAUCCACUGCAGAAGAAGCAGAGCUCGUAAAGAGGUUUAAGUUGCAUCUUUAAAUCAGAUGAGCUCCUGAAGAUAAAUGUACACACUCACGGGAAAAUAGAAACAGUAUUAAAAACAAGUGGGUAGCCAAUACAUUCAGUAGUCAGGAAAACACAUGGCAGCCCUUUCUGUCUCAGCCUGAAACCACUUCAUCAAAAUGAGAAUGUUUCUACUAAAAUAUGAGCUUGCCUGGGUCUAGAGGAUUUUCAAAGGUUAUCAUUUCAUUUCAGCAAAGAUAUUAUCCACUUCUUAUAUUAGGUAGACAUUUGAAGCUGGUGGUAGUAUUUUGGGGGAUUAAACUGUAUUAAAAUGGAAGCAAUGACAGAAAGCAACGACAGAAUGGGAAGAGUUUAGAAUAAGCCACUGUUAGAAUAAGACAAGGGCAUUUUCAUUCCAUACAGCUUUGUAGAGGAGGGUGGCUUCACUUUCAAAUUCCUUUCUCAAAGUUAUUUCCACUUUUUGCAAUCCACUACCUUUUCAAAGUAACAAGAGCUAGGAUAAUGUGUGAGAAACAAAAAGUAAGUCAAGAAAAA